AUGGAGAAAGACGCGAUGCUGGUGUGCAUGGUCCUAGGCUUUCUCGGCUCCGUCGCGUCCGUGGAGUACAAUGGAACGAACUGCGUGUAUCGGAGCCCGCCGGCGACGGGUCUCGGCAUCCUGGGGGUGUUCCUGGUGUUCAUCAACCAGGUCAUCAUCGCCGCCUACUCCAGUGGCUGGUGGCUCUGCCUGUGUUGCUGCUGCCACUGUUGGACCAAGCACCGCCGGCAGGUGCCAACACCGUCCAAGCAGCACAGGCACCAUCCAAGCAGCGUCAUCCUCUCCAUCUUCUCCUGGGUCCUGACGAUCGUGGCGAUGGCGAUGUUCAUUGUCGGCGUGCCGGAGAGCUGCACUGGCGCUCCUUCCUCGUCAAGCUCGGCGCCGAGAACCUCAAGGGCGCCAAGCAUCCUCGUGACAGGGUUUGUCGGAACCGCCAUCACCUUAGGGUGCUUCUCCGGCACCGCCAUCAUCGCUAAGCGCAGGGACUACCUGUACCUCGGUGGCCCGCCCUCUUCUGGCAUGUCGAUCCUUCGACAUGAAAUUGUAUACUAUCUCAAGAAUGCAGGUGACAAGAAGAGGACGAGGAGGUCCUGAAUGUUUCUUCGGUACAUUGUAGAUACCACCACCGCUGCCUUGUAGGAAUUAAGCUGGCGCUGUGCCACCCUUGUGUAUCUGUUUUUGAUUGUAUGUGCACUUGUUGGACGUGCAGACGUGUAUUUGCUCUUGUGAUUAUUUGACUGGAUGAUCUCUAGAUUUAAUCAGUUAAUUGACAGAUUUAUUGAUAUUUUUCUGUUCAAAUGUGUAAAUUCAAAUC